GAGCUGCCAAGCAUUUAAAGUCCUAGGAGUCAGAGAUCACCUGGCUGUCUUCAACAUCACCUGCAGGCAGCUGGUGCAUCACACACUAUGGUGUGAUGAAGCCAGCCUCCUUCACCCCCCUCUAAACUCCGACGGGAAGAAAUGACCCAACAUGGCCAUGCAUUUAUCUGGAGUCAAUGCUGAUUCUGACUGCAUGACCACCUUUACCCUCAGCUUCAUUGUAGCUGUGAAUGCUCUGUUCCUCUCCUUUUCACCCCUGAAGAUUCGCGAACAUGCAGGAUUGAGCUGUGCGAGGCAUAGCAUUCCCCACAUGGUAGGCAAAGGAGGAUGUGGGUCUGACGGCUCUACCGCCGCCCACCCGGGUGAAUGGACAUGUGUUCCGGGGUAUCAGAGCUUGCGGCUGACCAGCCGACGUGUCCACGCAGCCCUCCCACUGGCUGUGUCGACAUUUUGGGUUUCAUUGAAGGAUUUUACUGGUACAGACUUUACAAAGGCAAAAUUGUUUCUCAAGGAAGUGGGCAUGAAAGAUCUCAAAUCAGAGGCUGCUAAAAAUGAGAGGCCAUCAGUUGCAGAAAAGCAAGCACAGAUUAAUGACCUAUCUAUGUCCUACACGGUUUUAGGACUGCGCCUAGAUGGGCUUAAAGACCCUAGCCUAAAAACUAUAAAUGUGCUUCCGUUUUUGCCCUGUAGGACAAGAAAGCCUUACAGACUUGCUUCUAACUGUGAGAGGAGCAGAGGCCGGGAAGGGAGAGGGAGAAGAGGAGGAGAACAGGAGACGAGAAGGAGGGGAGAGGAGGGAGGAGAACAGGAGACGAGAAGGAGGGGAGAGGGAGGGGAGGAGGAGAGAGUCUUGUCAAAAUCUUUUUAGUGCACAAAACUAAUUUUGUUCAUCUUGGAUUUGGUGAGCUGGAUAAUAUUCUGCGCACAGCUCCUAAAUGAAUUAUUAAAUGUCAACUCAAGAUGGCUUAACUAAAAUACUCAAUUUAAUAACCAAAAGUAUCGAAGGUAACAACAACAAUUUUGCAGGUGAUUGUAGAGUUGUCAAGUCAAACCAUUAUAGACAAGCAUUUGGGGUUUUCACAUAAUCUCCUUCCACAUCUCAUCUUCUGUCACUAAAUACCCACUCUGGUGAGCAUAUUCCAUUUCAAUAAAGAUCAUCCCUUCGGUGCCAGCUUCUUUUUAUUCAGAUUGAGCCAGAAAACCUUUUUUUUUUUUUCUAAAAUAUAAAGCUAAACAAGAUCUCAGUCACAACCACCAAAUCUUUAUUAAUGCAUUCCUUGUGCUACUUCUGAAUAUUAAUAAAAAUUAAUAAUUAAUUUUGCCUUUGGCAUUGCAAGAUAUACUAGUUUUAAUUAGUGUACUGUACUCCUAUACAAUUAAAAAAUAAUUGAUGUCCACGCUUA